AUGGCUGAGAAUUUGCACGCUCAGAAUAAUCCUCCUGCUGGGAAUGCCCUCGAAGUAGAUGUGAGAAUCGACCUGAAUAACGAGAAUAUGUACAGUACAGCACCGCUGACAGGCCAUCGGCACGGCCAGCUACAUGACGUCGCUCAGUUCGAGCAUCGUCAACUACAAGUAUGUCGUUGUGUAUUAUACGAGGUGAGUAAGAUAAACCUCCAGAAUGGCCGUCGCUACCAUGCCUUUCACGAGGGGGCAUAUGUUCUGCCGAACGAUGAAGAAGAGCAAGACCGGAUCGACCUUCUGCAUCAUAUCUAUCGCCUUCUCCUCGGUGGGGAGCUGUUCCUUGCCCCCAUCGGUGCGAAUCCGCAGCGGGUUCUGGACCUGGGGACCGGGACGGGGAUCUGGGCGAUUGAGUUUGCAGAUCAAUAUCCCUCUGCGCAAGUGAUCGGUACCGAUCUCAGCCCGAUCCAACCUCGCUGGGUCCCUCCCAACUGCGUCUUUGAAAUCGACAACUUCGAGAACGACUGGGUGUACAGCAGCAAGUUUGACUUUAUCCACGGCCGGGAAUUGGAAGGCUGCGUCUCCGACGAAGACAAGCUCUUCGCCCAGGCAUUCCACCACCUCAAGUCCGGCGGAUACUUUGAAUUCGACGGAGCGUACACGUACUGGCUCUCCGACGACGACACGGCCCAAAAGGCGGAGAACUGUCAGCUGCUGGCGGCCAAAAUCCACGAAGCGGCCAACAAGUUCGGCAAGAGCUUCGACAACGUGCCCUCGUGGAAAGCGAAGAUGGAGAAGGCGGGGUUUGUCGACGUGAAGGAGUUUGUUUUUAAGAAACCCGUCGGCUCCUGGCCCAAAGACCCCAAGAUGAAAGAGAUUGGCCGCCUCCAGCAGGCGCAGCAGCUCCAGGCCAUCCAGUCGUAUUCGUCCGCGCUGUUCUCGCGCGUGCUCGGCUGGAGUAAGCCGGAGCUCGAGGUGUUGCUGGCCAAGGUCCGGAAUGAGCUGAUGGAUCGGUCGUUGCAUAUCGUUGAUCAGUUUCUGGAGUAG